AUAUUUCAACUGUGCUGUGAACAAGAAGCGAUACAAAAAAACACAACUCUUCAAUUGUCAAUUAAACUCUCUUUCUCUCUGUGCACGCACGGACAACGGAGUGCUCUCUGCAAGGAAACGGGAAAAACAAAACUCUUGAACAAAGUGCAAAGUGAUCAUAGAUUUUUCUUUUUUUUUUACAUUGAGUGUUGAAAUACAAAUUUGAAACGGAAGUACCAGAACUUUCGGUUAAUUUGAAAGUCAUUUCAAAACAAGAAAGCAAGCAUUCAUAGGGAAAAUGAAGCGCUUUACUUUAAGUUUUGUCUUAUCGGCAUUGCUGGUUGCCAGCAAUGUUAGUGGCCAAUAUUUUGGAAGCUACGAACCGGAGGCGGAAUUUGUGCCCCUAGAAGCUCAGGAGAAUCCCCACAAUCCACAUGGACGUACGGCGACCACAUCGACAUCAACGGCAACAUCUAGCAAUGGCGAAGAUAAACCAUUUGAUGUCGAUGUCAUCACCACCGAUGUCAAUGGCGGCAAUGGCCAGGCCCAACCUGGCCUAUUCUUCCAUCAAUCCUUCCCAUUUUUGGGUAACAAUUUCUUCAACAGCUUUGGAGGCUUUGGCAUUGGCACCCAGGAAGAACCCUGGUGGAAGGGACCCAAUGUCUGUACCGAAAAGGAGGAAGACGAAAAGGACGUGGAAGCCUCCGAUGAAACUGAAGAAACUCAAACCGCUGAAGGCACUGAAAUUGUCAAACAACCCUCGUAUGGCCAAUUCCAUUUCAGUUUGAAUUCAUGCGUUGAAAAGCCCAACAAAUAUGUCUGCACCCGAGUUGUUAACAAAAAUGGCAAAAAGAAAACUUUGACUGUUUCACGCCAAUGCUGUCACGGCUAUGCCCGGCCACGUAAUGCCGCUUAUGCAACACCCUGUGAGAAAAUCGAUAUCAAAGAUAUUGAGGCAACGGCCGCCGAUAUGGGCGCCAAAGAGUUUGUGGCAAAGGCCAAAAGCAGCGGCUUGGCGGACAUGAUCAGCUCGAGCAAAAAUGUAACCAUCUUCUUGCCCGUCGAUGAGGCGUUCAGUGCCUAUGGCGAUGCGGCCGCAAGUGAGAAUAAUGUGGUGGAAAUGAAAUCGGAUGAUGGUGUAAAGCAGCUAUUCUUGCGCCAUGUCGUCGAUGGUGAAAUCAAUUUGGAAGAUGUCAGCAAUGAGCAGGUCUUGAAGACUCAUGCCGAUGGCCAGACGGUACGCAUCAACAGCUAUCAAAUGCCUUUGACUCUGAGCCGGGAACCCUAUCGUUAUACGGCCAACUGUGUGCCCAUUGUGAGGCGUGACAAACUCUCCGAACAGGGUAUGGUUCAUACCUUGGCUGGGGUUAUGCCAUCGGUUAGCAAGAAUGUCAUGGAUAUGAUUCGGGAACGUAGCGAUAUGUCGAUAAUGCGUACCGUCUUGGAAAAUACAAAAUUGAGUGAAGUGUUGGAGGGCAAGAAACCGGUUACGAUUUUCGUACCCACCGAUAGUGCCUUUGACAAGCUGGAACCCCAUUUGCGUCGGGCUUUGAAGGAGGGCAAGGGUUGUGCUACAAACAUUCUCAAAAAUCACAUUUUGGAUCUGACCUUCUGUUCGGUGGCUUCCGUUGCCGGUGCCAAGACAACCGCCUACAACUUGUUGGGUGAACCCAUGCGUUUCAAUCGCUCCAAGGCAUCAUCGGACGACAGCAAGGCCGAGCAACCGGUCAUCAUCAAUGGCAUUGCCAAGAUUAUGGAGGCUGAUAUUAUGGGCAGCAAUGGUGUGAUGCAUGUCAUCGAUACCAUCAUGCCCACCGAAUCGGCUCUGCCCAUGUCUUCGCUGAUGCAGGAGAAAAAUGUAACCAUUUUCAAGAGGCUAUUGGAGGCAGCCGGUUUGGAUAAUAAAUUCGAUGACAUGGACAAUGUAACCGUUUUUGCUCCCACCGACAAGGCUCUGCAGAACAGCAAAUGGGCCAAGCUAUUGGAAGAGAAUCCGGAGGGAUUGAAAAACAACCAAGAAUUGGUGGAAUUCCUAAACUAUCAUGUCACCCAACCCAUGGUCAAGACCUGUGACUUGGAGGUGAAACUAUUGCCCACCAUUGCUGGGGAUAAGGUGCGCAUUAAUCUCUACUCCACCCAUGCCUUGUUCUCCAAUGUCAUGAAUCGUGCCACUGUCAAUUGUGCCCGUCUUAUCCAUUUCGAUGACGAGAGCUGUGGUUCGGUACUGCAUCAGGUCGACAAGCCAUUGACACCACCCAAAUCGAACCUCUUGCAAAUGUUGGAAUCCAAUCCGAAUUACAGCAAAUUCUUGGAAUUGGUACGCAUGGCCAAUCUCACUGAUCUGUUGGCCAAUGCCGAUGAAGAUUUCACUUUGUUGGUGCCCAAGAAUGAUGUCUUCGAGGAGUUGGAGGAUACACUGAGCAAAGAUCAAACGGAAUUGGAGAAUUUGAUCAAGACCCACAUUGUCAACGAUGUGGUGUGUUGUGCCGGCAUCAUACCCACCAAUUGGCCAUUUGUACGUUCCAUUGAAUCCUACAAUGGCCAUCAUUUGCGUAUCACCCGCGAUCGUCGUCCAAAGAUUCAAAAUGCCGGCAUUACCAAAUGUGACAACGUGGCCACCAAUGGCAUUGUCCAUGAAAUCAACGAUGUUAUUAUCCCCAAUUCCAGACAGCGCCAACCGCAGGAUCAGGAGCACCAACAUGUCCCCCACUAUCGGCCCCAUCAUCAUCAACACGGACAGGUGCCCAGACCUCAGCAACAAUUCCCCAAUGCCGAUGAUAUUUUUGGUGAUUUAUUUUUCUAAAUCGGAAUGUCGGGAUCCACUGAUCCGUUGAUCCAUUGUAUUGAAAUUAUUAUAUAAAAGAAAAAAUAUUCUAAUUUUAUAAUUUAUAUAUAACAACAACAAACAAAAAAAAACAAAAA